AUGUCUGCAGCAAAUAAAUCUACGUCGAAACGUCAUCUCAUCCCACAGGCGAAUGGCCCCAGCACCUUGUCAGUCGCGGGCGAUCGAAGCCCAGCACCCCAGCCGGUAGCGCACAGCAGGCCUCGUAGACAAGCUGCAAUCCAAGCAAAGGCGGCGGCGCCGUACCCAACGGCAGCCAUCAAACGAGAACAGGAAACAAAGCAUUUCUUCCAAUCAAUAACUCUUCAGAGCUACGCAUCUCCAGUACAAUGGAUGCGACCGAGCGCUCAAGGGCGUACUCCUGACAAGCGGAAUGAAUUGAUCAAAACCCAACUAGCAACUUCGCCCACGUUCCAGCCCUCAGGCUACGCACGGCCAUUGGUCCAAAAUGCACUCUACAAGCUCGAGGCAGAAUCAUCUGACAUUCAAUCCCGGAAUCUCUGCGGUCGGGGCGGCCACGCCCCCUCACGUCCUCUGUCCAACUCCCAGCCUCCCGCGUCCUCAUCCGCCCUCGUCCAAUCAUCAUCCCGUCCAUCUCGGUAUCGGGUCGUCCGCACACCACCCCGUCGACGCCCAACCCUGCGCGAUGUCGUGUGGUUCCUCAUGACCGCGGCAAAGCUCGACGCCUACCAUCAGAAGCUUGUCUGGCUCUAUGCCGGCAACUCGUGGGUCGCACAUCUCAAGGUUCUCCUGUGGGUGCGAGAUUUUAUUAGGAAACAAGCUCGCUUGCCCAUGUUGGUCAACAUUCGUGCGACCAUAGGUGCCAAGGGCGGUGUAGAGUCAGUCAUUUGCCAGUUUGACGGAUGCCAGAUGCCCAAGCCGUUCAAGGAGGUGCAGAGUGCGGCGGAGCAUGUCGUGUCGAAGCAUGUAGGUGGGAUGACCUGGAAGUGCAAGUCGCCUGGAUGCGAAAAGGUGUACAAUCAUAGCUUUGAUUUGAAGCGACACGAGAAGAAGCACGGCGUAUCUACGCAGAGCAAACCCCGUACCGUCACAAGGAUUCAACGAGCCACGUCGGCUCGAUCGAAAGCGGCUCGAAAUGCGCAAGUAGCCACAUUGUCGUCGGCUGGGCCACCAUUGCUCGCUCCACCGCCCCCGCCUACUGGACACCCGCCUAUCUUCCCGUCUGCAUCCGAGUAUCCCGAUUUGUCCCUUCAGUGUGACCACAUCAUGUCAUCACCCUCCUCUGUUAUGGCAUCACCAGGCUCACCAUGGUCAACCUCAUUCGCUCCGUCAAAUGUAUCAUCACCGAUUCGAAUCGAACAACCACUCUCGAGCCCCAAUCGAGGUACUGGGAUUCACGUCGAGCUCCCCGCGAACUCGCAGAAGGCUGAGUUGACCUCGUACUCUCGACCUGCGGACGAUUCAUUUGAUCAGUAUCUCGACCCCUUCCCAGAGAGCUACCCCGGUAACACGUACAAUUUGAACCCGGAGCAACAUGCAUCUGAGCACCCUGCACCAAACCUCUACAGCGCCUCUACAUCUGCGGGUGGAGCCUUUGCUAAUAGCUCGCAGUACUCGACGCUCCCACCUUCAAUACAGUCAAUUCCACUAUUAGGUGGCAUUGGGAACGCCAACCCGGACCUCCUAGAUGACGCAUGGAAUAUACCCUUUCAGUGGGAGCCACCUAGUUUUGACGAGGCUCUAGACUUGCUCAACGAGUCCUAUCUGGAAUCUACGCAUGGUGCCUCGUCAGCGAUUUCACAAGAAUGCUCGUCAGUGGCCGCUUCCAGCCCUCUUGAAUAUGCCUAUCGGUCGCAGGCCUCGACCUCUUUGGGGUCCCACAGUAACCAACUUCAACCUGCUGAUCAGCUAUACGGUUUUACGGGGACCUUGGGGCUGGAGCAGCUCACCGGUCAGCCGACCUCGAGCCGCUCUCUUGUUUCCGGCCAAUUUGUGAACGCACCCGAAUCCAGCAGACGUCAGCAGCGUACCUCGAGUCUCUCCAUGGGUGAUAUGGAUCCGACACGUCUCCAUUGGUCGGGACAGACACCGGCUGACUACGAGCAUGGAUGGUCCCUCGCUGAGGAUCACACCCCUGGGAAGUGGGAGUGGCCGUCCAGCUAG